AUGAAUGAAGAGAUUUCAUCGUUAAAAUCCAAAAUCAAUCAUUUAGAGGUACAAUAUUCAACAGCUUCACAAAAAAUCAAAGAUUUACAUAAUAAACUAAUCUGUCUUAAACGUGAACACAUUGAAAUGAUAGAUAAAACUCUAUUAACUAAACAUACUACUACAAAAAAUGCAAACACUACUGUAGUGAAGGUGAAUGAUUCAGAUGAUGAAUGCAAUGACCAAUCAAAUCUCAGUGAUAAUGACAGUGUUUCAUAUUCUUCUCCUGAAAAAUAUGGUUUUCCCGAUCGAACUGAUAAAUCUCGUCGUAAAUUAUCUAAAGAAUUUUCUAAAUAUAUUGCUCAUUUAUUACCGGAUGAUGAUUUAAUGCUGAAUGAAAUGAAUCAUAAUUUUCAUUUAACCGAUUCAUUAGAUGAAUUUGUCAUAUUUUCAGCUCAAUAUAUUGAAAAAAUUUUACCAUAUUUAAUUGAUAAAGGCAAAUUAAUAUUUCUUCCUUUAUUAGUUCAAAUUAUUUGUUUACAUUCUAAUGCAUCAGUACGUGAUCAAUUUCUAUGCUUAUUAUUUGAUCUUCUUUCAUCAUCUACCUCAUCCUCCACUACCACAUCAAUAUCAUCCUCAUCAAUUGAGCAUAAAAUCUCAAUGGAUUUUAUGCAUUCACCAAGUCUUAUUAAAAUGAAUACUGGUGGUGGUGAUUCAAUUGGUCAAAUAAAUCAUGAUGAAUUCUCUAAGCAUAUAUUAAAUGCUUUACGAUUAUUAGCUUCAUAUUUAGGUCCUGCUCGUUUGGAAGGUGAACUGUUACCAGGAUUAUGGUUACAAAUAAAUAAAUGUGCAAUAUCUGAUCUAUCUAAAAGACUUCUUUUAUUAUCAGCAUGCGGUGUAAUUGCUCCUCAUCUUCCGUCGCAUUUACAAUCUUCCAUCAUGUUAAGUAUUAUUGAAUCGAGUUUAGAUGAAGAACGUCAUCCAACAGUAUUAGCAGCCAGUAUACGUUCUCUAUCAUGUUUAAUUAGUUCCAUGUCAGAUUCACAUAAAUUGCCACAAAUUAUACGUCGACUUAAUGCAUUACUUAUACAAACAAUAAAUAUAUUUAAUGAUGUACAACAAUUGAAAAUAUUUUAUUUAUCAAAUAAACACUCAUCAUCAUCAUCGUCAGCGGUAACAUUCACGACGAUGACAACGACAAUGACAACAUCAACAACAACAGUGCAAUCCUUGUCGAAUCCUAUAUAUCAUACUACAAUGAAUUAUUUUCUAUCCUCUAUAGCUCAAUGGUGUUUAGAAUUAGAUUCAAUUGAACAAAUUCUACUUGAUCCAUGGUUAAUACAUUUUGAUAAUUAUAUUUUAGCACGUCAAAAUACCAAAGAUGAUGUUGCACCGGAUAUGGUACUACUUUAUUUAAAUACUUUAUAUUAUUUAACACCAUUUCUUCAUUCAUGGUUAUUAUUAUCAAUAAUUAAACAAACAAAUUCUGAUGAAAAUUUAUGGUUGACUAUGCGUCGUCAUCUACUUCGCGCCUAUCGUCGUAAUUCAACUACUGAAUUUGAAAAUCUUUUAAUACAAAAUUUUACUACUAAAGAACAUGAAUCAGUCAAAUCCUCACCCACUACUACUAAUACUCCUCUAGCCAACAUUACCAACCCUAACAUCUCAUUAAAUUCUUCAAUUGAUGCUUCCAUUAUUCUUGGACAAGAUAGUUUUGAAUUAUUAUCAGAAAUGAUGAAAUCUAUGUGUAAAGCAGAUGAUUCAACGCCAACGCCAACGCCGCCAACAUCAUCAGCCAAUCAAAUUUUCAAUGUAGAACAAUCAUUUCUAUCUAGUCAUUUAUGUUCUAUGGAUAAAUGGACAGCAAAACAAUGGUUUGAUAAAUAUUUAAUCUGUAAACUAAUUGAUUUAUUAGAACAAAUACCAUAUUGUUGUUAUAAUAAUAGUAGUGAACGUUGUUUACGAAUGAAAGCAUUUCUUGACUUGGAUUAUGAUAAUGGUUGUUUUGAUGAUGUCAUCAAAAAAUCAGAAAUUGGUCAAGUAAGAAUGUUAUUAACAAGUGCUAUAUUUUUACAUGCACGAGAAGGUUUUCCACUUCAUUGUAUAAAUUUAACAGUUUGGUGUCUUUGUUUAACAACUAAUUUAGAUAUAACUAUUCAAGAAAUUCUACUUCCAGCUAUACGACCAUGUUUAAGUUGUGCUGAUAGUUCAGUUCGUCGAGCUGUAGCUAAUCUACUGCAUGGAUUAAUUGAAAUUCUACGAUUUAUGAGUAAUAGUAGCAAUAGCAGUAGUAGUAGUAGUAGUGGAUCACCUUAUACCAAUCAUCAUUAUGUACAUACAAAUUCAACAAUCAUUACACAAAAUGAUAUUUACAAAUCAAAUUUAUUAGCAUUAAUAUGGCCAUUUCUUAGUCAAGUAACAAGAGAUGAUUUAACUGGUCAACGUAAACGUAUUACAUCAGAUCAAGCUGAUUGGAGUGUGUUGUGUUGUUCACUUGGUCCAUUGUAUAGUUUUUACAUGUUAAUAUGUGCACCAUCGUUGUUGAAUUCGAUGAUGAAUUCUUCUAGUUCAUGUUCUACAUCUGUUGGCACGGUUGUCAGUGGUGGCGGUGGCGGUGAUCCUUCUGGAAGUGUUUGUAGAAUUGAAAAUGGGUCGUCUUCUUCUACAUCAACAGCGACAACAACAACAAUGGAUACAAUGUUAGCUUCAACAAAAGAUACAACUAAUGAUUAUGCUAAUUAUCGAACUAUGGCAUUAGAUUUACUCAGCUUACAAUAUGAUUUAGUUGUUGGUCGAACUAAUUCCAAUGAAUUGAAUUCAUCUGUAUGCAUAGAUUAUACAACAGAUCGAUUGAUUAUUUCACAACGUCGUUUUUGGAAUACAUUAGUUAAAAGUCUAUUAGAUUUAACUAAUCGUCUUCUACCAAUAUGUGGUGAAAAUUUUCAACAAAAUAAUAUAUUACCAUGGCUUUUUAGUUUAGCUGAAAUGAAUAAUUCGUUGCCAAGUUUAGAACAACGUGUUGAUUUGGCUAAUCAUUUGUUCACAGUGUUUUCUACCGCUGCCUAUUCUGUACAAAAUGAAAAAAGUUUAAUUCAAUGGUUAGUUCCAGGUUUAGAUCGUGUACGUUUAGAUUUAAUUGAAAGUGGAGAUAAUCGUCGUGCUCGUGAAGUAGAACAAUUCUUAUCUGAUGUAUACUUGAAUCUACGACUGACUGAUCCAGCACGUUCUUCCAAUUCAAAUUCAUCUAGUGGUGGUAUACGUACUAGUGUAUCAAAUCGUUGGACUAAACUCACUUCAUUCAGUAAUUCCAAUAUGACAAAUACUGUAAAUAGUACAAGUCAUAGUACUGACAAUACUACUACUACCACAACUACAAAUAGUAAUACCUUGAAUACUUCUCAUAGUGGAAUAAAUCUCCCAACCUUCAAUAAUACUAUUACAGAUAAUUCUAGUCAUCAUAUAUCAUCAUCAUUAUCAUUAACAACAGAGAAUGAUUUGAAGAAAUCUCAAUCACGUACAAAAAAUCUACGUUUCAAUUUUCGUCGACAUUAAUUAAUUAAUCAAUUCAAUGCCACAGAGUAAAUCAUUUUCACAUGCAAAUAAAACAAACUGGUGCUGCACAUAUCAUACACAGAAUACACUACACUUCAUUAAAACAAAUUAAUAUUUACAUGUUAAGAAGAUUUUUUUUGUUGAUUGAAUGUGAUUUGUUUUCUUCUCUAUCAAAGUAGAAUCAACUAACUCAUCAUUCAUUUGUAAUUUAUUGUAUCUUUUGUGUUUCUAUCUCUCUGUCGAUCUCUCUCUUGGGAUCUACAUGACAA